AUGGUACGGAUCAUCAAUCCCACGACUACCAUCUGCUACCUUGCACAAUACCCCGAAGAGCUCUAUGAGAAGCAGGAGAGAAUUGGAAAGGGUUCCUUCGGCGAGGUGUACAAGGGGGUUGAUAAGAAGACAAAGAAGGCCGUCGCCAUCAAAAUCAUAGACUUGGAGGAUGCUGAGGACGAAAUCGAGGACAUUCAACAAGAAAUUGCCGUGCUCUCCCAAUGCGAGAGCUCCCAUGUGACUCGAUACUUCGGCUCCUAUCUCAAAGAUACCAAGCUAUGGAUUAUUAUGGAAUUCCUUGCUGGCGGCUCUGUGCUCGACCUGAUGAAACCCGGCCCCAUGGACGAGGCCUACAUCGCUAUCAUCACCCGAGAGCUGCUCAAGGGUCUGGAGUACUUGCACAAGGAAGGAAAGAUCCACCGUGACAUCAAAGCCGCCAACAUCCUCCUGUCGGGAACCGGUUCUGUUAAGCUGGCCGACUUUGGCGUGGCCGGACAGCUUACGGACCAGAUGACGAAGCGCAACACCUUCGUCGGUACUCCCUUCUGGAUGGCUCCCGAGGUCAUCAAGCAGGCUGGCUACGACUCCAAGGCCGACAUUUGGUCGCUCGGCAUCACGGCGAUCGAGAUGGCCAAGGGCGAGCCGCCCUACGCCGACCUCCACCCCAUGCGCGUGCUCUUCCUGAUCCCGAAGAACGGGCCUCCCACGCUCGAGGGCAACUUCACCAAGAAGUUCAAGGACUUCGUGGCGCAGUGCCUCAAGAAGGAUCCCAACGAGCGACCCACCGCCAAGGAGCUGCUGAAGCACCCAUUCGUCAAGGGAGCCAAGAAGACGGGUUCUCUCGUCGACCUCAUCGAGCGGCGCAAGAAAUGGCAGCAGGCGAUGGGCCACGCUGACUCGGACGAUGACGACGACGAUCACCCUUCUGAUGAUGCCCAGGAUGUGGACGAGCCAUGGGACUUUAGUUCCGACGACGAGAAGCCGCAGCCCAAGCCAAAGGAGAAGACCUCCGAGAAGCCGCGCUCUUCGCGCUCAACGGAAACAAAGAAGAACGGCGAUGAGAAGUCGGGGUCGGCCGUGGGCGAUGAUGGCGGCGAGCUUACCCAUUCAUGCCUCAUUAGGGAGAAGGAGAAGAGCAGCACCGACAAGAGCGGCGAGAAGGCGGUCGCGCCUGCGGCUGGCGGCAACAGUCGGCCCUCGGCUCUCACCUCAGUCAUCUACCCCGUGCUUUCGAAGCUGCUCAAGAGCACAACCGACGAGAACGUCAUCUCGUCACUGGCCCAGCUCAAGAUCGCCUUCGACAACGCCGAGAAGUCGCAACCAGGCAUCACGCACACGAUGAUUGCGCAGAUCAUCGAAACCCUCAAGCGCUAA